AUGGCAGAAACUGAGCGAGGAUAUACAAUGGACUUGCCGGAGGAGCCCCAGGUCCAGGUCGCCACCGAUAGGCUGGCGGACCCCAGCCUACAUCAUUUAGUAGGAGAGUCGAAACUGAACCCUGAAGACAAGCAUGACCAUGAAGGUGAUUCCAAGGAGGGCGAAGCACAUCUGGACAAGAAAAAGAUUCCGAUGCCUGGAGCGGUGAGGUUAAUAGGAGACCAGACGCUGGACGCCGAAUUUCAGCAGAAAGUAGCUGAACGUGAGCAACGGCGGGCGUCUCAGAUGUCUGCAUGUUAA